UUGUCUGCUCUGUGACCUUGGGAAGGAGCAAGAGGUUGACUCCAAAGAUGCGAUUAUUUUACAUCAGUUUUCCAGACCAAAUAAUGGCGUUCCUAGUUUGUCUCCCUUCUGUUUGAAAAUGGAAACGUAUUUGAGAAUGGCUGACUUACCUUACCAGAAUUAUUUUGAUGGAAAACUUUCGCCUCAAGGGAAGAUGCCCUGGAUCGAAUACAACCGGGAAAAAGUGUCUGGCACGGAGUUCAUUAUUGACUUUCUGGAAGAGAAGCUUGGCGUGAAUCUCAACAAGAACCUGGGCCCACAUGAGCGUGCCGUCUCCAGAGCCGUGACCAAGAUGGUGGAGGAACAUUUCCACUGGACGCUGGCGUAUUGCCAGUGGGUGGACAACCUGCACGAGACCCAGAAGAUGCUGUCUUUCAGCGGUCCCCUGAGCAACCUGCUCAAGUGGAUUCUGUGCCACCUGACGAAAGGCAUCGUGAAGCGGGAAAUGUACGGCCACGGCAUCGGCCGCUUCUCCGAGGAGGAGAUGUACCUGCUGAUGGAGAAGGACAUGCGUUCCCUAGCAGGACUCUUGGGUGAUAAGAAAUACAUCAUGGGACCCAAACUGUCCACUCUCGACGCCACCGUCUUCGGACACCUGGCCCAGGCCAUGUGGACGUUACCGGGAACGAGGCCUGAGAGGUUGAUCAAAGGGGAGCUGAUUAACCUGGCCAUGUACUGCGAGAGGAUCCGGAGGAAAUUCUGGCCAGAGUGGCACCACGAUGACGACAACACCACGUACGAGUCUGAGGAGAGCAGUGAUGGCAGCAAGAUGGGCAGCUCCCUGCUGCGGGACCUCAGCUUUUACUCGAGGACAGAGACAUUUGACGACGAAGGGGCAGAGAACAGUGUCUCCCGGACGCCCGACACGGACUUCACGGGCCAGUCGCUCUUUGACUCGGACGUGGACAUGGAUGACUGUACGGACCACGAACAGUGCAAGUGAGGCCUGGGUGGGCAGACCCUCUCCAUGCCCGAGCCACCCCUUGGGGGUCCUUUCUGGUCUCCCCGCUCGCUCUUCCGGUCCGCUGGGGAAGAGGUCAUUGUGUUGGGCACAGUUUUCCCACCCUAACUGAACUCCGUCACCCUUACUUCAUUUUGUAAAAAAAAAAAACAACCCAUUUGGAGUCGUGUGUGUUGGGGGGCCGGGGGGAAAGGGUCUGAGGUCAACAGUCAAAAUACAGACAGGUCAAAGGUCGGCAUGAUUCACCAACCACCUUCGCCAGAAAACCGAUUCCAGAGAGAACAGAACGGAUUGGAAGAGUCGUGAGAUGCUCGUUGGAAAGAGUGGAAGCUUGUUUGGAACACUGAGUCUUAAACUUCCUCCAUCUAUCCUGGGUCUGAGGUGAUGGACAGAUGCCAAUGAAAAAUCAAAUGAGACAGUCUUCCUGGGUGGUUUACAGAGUGCAAGUGUGGACAUGGAUGGGUUAUGUUCAAAGCAGUGUAGCCCUACUUCCAGUUCUGCCCCUGGCUUAGGCCUCCGUGUGCCUCAGUCCCCCCACCUGUAAAAUGGGGAGAAGGACACCUUCCACAUACCUACCUCACAGGGUUGUUGUGAGGGUCCAUAAGAUCAACCUGUGAAGCUCUUUGAGCCCUUAGGAAGAAAAUCUCUUUGUAGACUUGAUGUAUUAUUUGUGGUUGUGCAUCUCACGGGUAUAACUGUGAAUGUGUACAGGCGGGAACCAGAACUUCAUGAGCUCAGGAGCAGAAAGACAAAAAUCACACGCCA